AUGGAGGAGAAUCGUGGGAUGUUCAACUCACUCGGUGAUGAUGAAUUAGAAAUGAAGAAGAAGGAAAACCACAAGGAAAUCCACACAGCGGAGGAGCCUUAUCAGGAUUCAGACUGUGGAGAGAACUUCAGUCACAGCUCCAAUUCCUCUUCCCAUCAAAGAAAUUGCCUUGAGAAGAAACCCUAUCAGUGCUUGGAGUGUGGAAAGAGCUUCGUCUCCAAAAAAGGUCUCACUGCCCAUCGAAUUAUUCAUACAGGGGAGAAACCAUAUAAGUGCCUGGAAUGUGGAAAGAGCUUCAGUCAGGGCUCCCAUCUCACUGCCCAUAAAAGAAUUCAUACAAGAGAGAAAACCUAUCAGUGCCUGGAAUGUGGAAAGAGCUUCGCCUGCAAAACAAGAUUUGCUUCCCAUCAAAGAAUUCAUACCGGAGAGAAACCCUAUCAGUGCUUGGAAUGUGGAAAGAGCUUCAGGUGGAAAGAAAAUCUCAUUAUCCAUCAAAGAAUUCAUACAGGGGAGAAGACAUAUCAGUGCCUGGAAUGUGGAGAGAGCUUCAGUCGAAAAGACAGUUUCACUUCCCAUCAAGGAAUUCAUACAGGGGAGAAACCCUAUCAGUGCUUGGAAUGUGGAAAGAGGUUCAGUCACAGCUCCCAUCUCACUUCCCAUCAAAGAAUUCAUACAGGGGAGAAACCCUAUCAGUGCUUGGAAUGUGGAAAGAGCUUCAGUCAGGGCUCCCAUCUCACUUCCCAUCAAAGAAUUCAUACAGGGGAGAAACCUUAUCAGUGCUUGGAAUGUGGGAAGAGCUUCAGUCACAGCUCCCAUCUCACUUACCAUCAAAGAAUUCAUACAGGGGAGAAACCCUAUCAGUGCUUGGAAUGUGGAAAGAGCUUCAGUCAGGGCUCCCAUCUCACUUCCCAUCAAAGAAUUCAUACAGGGGAGAAAACCUAUCAGUGCUUGGAAUGUGGAAAGAGCUUCCGUCGCAGCUCCCAUCUCAAUUCCCAUCAAAGGAUUCAUACACGGGAGAAACCAUUUCAGUGCCAAGAGUGUGGAAAGUCCUUCACCUGGAAAAGAAGUCUCACUUCCCAUCAAAGAAGUCAUACAGGGGAAAAACCAUAUCAGUGCCUGGAAUGUGGAAAGAGCUUCAGUAGCAGCUCCCAUCUCACUGCCCAUCAAAGGAUUCAUACAGGGGAGAAACCAUAUCAAUGCCAAGAGUGUGGAAAGAGCUUCACCUGGAAAUUAAGUUUCACUUCCCAUCAAAGAAUUCAUAUAGGAGAAAAACCAUAUCAGUGCCUGGAAUGUGGAAAGAGCUUCGGAAGAAGCUCCAUUCUCACUUCCCAUCAAAGAAUUCAUACAGGGGAGAAACCAUAUCAAUGCCAAGAGUGUGGAAAGAGCUUCACCUGGAAAUUAAGUCUCACUUGCCAUCAAAGAAUUCAUAUAGGAGAAAAACCAUAUCAGUGCCUGGAAUGUGGAAAGAGCUUCGGAAACAGCUCCAAUCUCACUUCCCAUCAAAGGAGUCAUGCAGGGGAAAAACCCUAUCAGUGCCUGGAAUGUGGAAAGAGCUUCAGUCAGAAGGGUAGUCUCACUUCCCAUCAAAAGAUUCAUACAGGGGAGAAACCGUAUCAGUGUUUGGAAUGUGGAAAGAACUUCACCAGGAAAAUAAGUUUCAUUUCCCAUCAAACAAUUCAUUCAGGAGAGAAACCAUAUCAGUGCGUGGAAUGUGGAAAGAGCUUCACCAGGAAACAAAGUCUCACUUCCCAUCAAAGAAUUCAUACGGUGGAGAAACCCUAUCAGUGCUUGGAAUGUGGAAAGAGCUUCACCUGGAAAAUAAGUUUCAUUUCCCAUCAAACAAUUCAUUCAGGAGAGAAACCAUAUCAGUGCGUGGAAUGUGGAAAGAGCUUCACCAGGAAAGAAAGUCUCACUUCCCAUCGACUAAUUCAUACGGGGGAGAAACCCAUCAGUGCUAGGAAUAUCUGCGUCGGGGGAUCCUUUGGGAUCUUGUAA